UAAAAAAAUUAUUUCUUUCAUUGUCAACUUUGUGCAGUUCAUUUGUUUCAACUAUAAAUAUUUCCACACUUCUUGUUUCUUCAUAUCCAUUGUCCCUUUCGAUUCCAAUCCCUCACUAAUUUUCUCAUUGUUUAAUUUUUCACAUCCAUGGCUAGUCAACUCCCACGUCCAUGGUUCCGUUUGGGCUCGAUGACCCGACCAACCACCACUCCCAACCCGGAACAACCUCGUCCAGUCCCAGCUCGAGUUCGACCACCCAUCAUCCGCCCCGCCGCCUUGACAGACCCGGUAGAACCCACCACCCCACAACGCUCAAAAUCCCCCCCUCCCUUGCCUCGCCCUGUCACAUUAACCCCUCCCGUGAAAAACUCAGCAUCGCCACUGCGUGUUCCUCCAUCGCCAUCAAGCGGACAAGGUGGUGGGACUGCAAUGGCGUCCCCAGCGGUGAAUCCUAGUAGCCCGAAGGAAAAAAGUUCUUCAGUUGUAGGGUCUCCGAAGGGAAGAAGUAAUUCUUCGGUUGUAGGGUCUCCGAAGACGAUUAAUAGUAAACAGCCGAGUCCGUUCCCAUCUCCUUCGAUUCCGAAGUCAAUACCGUCGGUUCCAACACCGUAUCAGUCUCCGAAACCGAAAACCGUUGUUUCUCCACCGUCACCACUGGUUUUACCGCCGCCGCAGUUGCAGUCUGUUGCUGAGACUAAACAUGAGACUAUUCCUCAAGAGGUAGAACGAAAGACUGUUGUAUUCCAAAAAGUGAUGGACAAGCCUUCACAGGAAGAAGAACAUCAUCACCUUAAUAUCACAAAUUACCGUACUCAUACUUCUGGAUUAUUCGACAAAAAUGGGAAGCAAGAAUCAAACAAAGGUGAUGAUGGGGAUCAUGUUGAGAAUGGAGUUAGCAAAAACAAAGGAACAAUAUUUGGAGGUAAUAGUAAUUAUAAAAGAACAGCAUUUGAUCAUGAUAACCACGCAAGAGUUAUAACAAUGGCUGGUGAAAACAAAGGAGCUUUCAUGGAAAUAAAUCUAUCAUCAGACAAAAACAACAGCCGUCAUCAACAACAACAAAACCAAGACAACAACACUGUUAGUGUUGAUCUUAAAGACAAUAACAAAAGUAAAAACAAAACUAAGGGGAGUAAUACUCGAAAUGUUUUGCCUAUGAGAGCCUUUUUUAACAGCAAUGUUCAAGGGAUAAACAAUUCUAUUCUUAUGGACUCCAAAUUUAGUCACCAUGAUCCUGGAAUUCAUCUUGUUUUUUCAUCCAUCCCAACAUCUCCUGACGACGAAGAUGAUCAACAACACCAAUGAACAACAACUUCAUGGCUUCUCUAUUCAUAAAUUUGAGUCUCUCUUAUAAGUUAAUCAUAUGUGGUUUUUUUUUUUAAAAAAAUUAUGUAUAUUUGUUGUUGCUUUGAGAGAAUAACAUAUAUGGGAAGUAAUUGAGAGAUAUGAUUCAGCCUAGAGAUUGAGAGUUGUUCUUGUUUGUUAAUUAUUGUUUAGUUUAAUGCAUUUAAUAAAAUGGGCUGAUAUUUCCGUUUAAA